CAUCAACUUGGGUCUGUGCCCAUGAGCGGGGGAAAUCAGUCAAGUGUCUCCGAGUUCCUCCGCCUGGGGCUCUCCAGGCAGCCCCAGCAGCAGCAGCUCCUCUUUGUGCUCUUCCUGAGCAUGUAUCUGGCCACAGUCUCGGGAAACCUGCUCAUCAUCCUGGCCAUCAGCACAGACUCCCGCCUGCACACCCCCGUGUACUUCAUCAGCAACCUGUCCUUCGUGGACGUCUGCUUCUCCUCCACCACUGUGCCCAAGGUGCUGACCAAUCACGUACUUGGGAGUCAGAACAUCUCCUUCUCUGGGUGUCUCACACAGCUGUAUUUUCUCAUUGUGUUUGCAGACAUGGACAGUUUCCUCCUGGCUGUGAUGGCCUAUGACCGCUUUGUUGCUGUGUGCCACCCCUUACACUACACAACAAAGAAGACUCAUCAGCUCGGUGCCCUGCUGGUCACUGGGUCAUGGUUCAUUGCCAAUUUGAAUGCUCUGUUGCAUACCCUGCUGAUGUCUAGACUCUCGUUUUGUGCAGACAAUACGAUCCCCCACUUCUUCUGUGAUCUUACUCCUCUCCUGAAACUCUCCUGCUCUGACACACACCUCAAUGAGACGAUGAUUCUUAUUGUAGCAGGGCCAAUAAUAAUUGCUCCAUUCAUUUGCAUCCUCAUCUCAUACAUCCUUAUAGCUUGUGCUGUCCUGAGAGUCCCAUCCACAAAGGGAACAUGGAAAGCCUUCUCCACCUGUGGCUCCCACCUGGCUGUAGUUUUACUCUUCUAUAGCACCAUCAUUGCUCUAAAUUUCAACUCUUCAUUCUUCCACUCAGCUGAGACAGAUACCGCAGCUACUGUGAUGUACACAGUGGUGACCCCCAUGUUGGACCCUUUCAUCUACAGCCUCAGGAACAAGGAUAGGAAAGGGGCUCUAAGAAAAAUGACCUUUAGCAAAAUUUACUCACUAGAAAUUUUGUUCCUGAGUUAA